GUCUCCUUCAUAAAUAGGUUAGGUCGAACCCAUAUGAUUCGGACCUAUCCAUGCCAAACGCAAGCUUCUAGGAACCAAAACAGGGGAGGCGGAAGCGGUCAAAAGUAGGGUUGACGCACGGUUGGAAAUCCGGCCGCGAUUCUGGCCGGCACAGGUGGCCCAGUGAAGGGCGAGGUCGGGCGAGGUGGCGGCGAUGGUACCUGGCUCCGGCGAGGCUCCGAUGGGGGCGAAAUUGCGAGGAACACGGACGCCAAUAGGCAAAGAAAUCAAUGGCAAAACCGGAAAAAUGAUAGCAAAAUCGGCGGUGAUUUGUGACAAGUCUUGGAGCGGGGUUUAGGGCAGCCUCAUACGGGGUGGCAGGCUCUCUACAUAGCUAUCGCAGCUAGGGUUUCUAAGCUGAUUCAGGCAGACCUCGAUUUUUGGGCUCAUCUUGGACUGCGUGUUGCCGGCCUCGGCGGCGAAGUGGUGGUAGAGGUAGGACUUGGGGCGGCUCUGUGGGCGGGCGAGGCCGGUGUCGCAGAGCAAGGCGAGGGCGGACUGGGCGUUGGCGUGGCCGGCGGAGACGACGGCCUCGAGGUCGGAGGCUGCGGAAUCCAUGGCGGCGGGGUCGCAGGAGGAGGCGACGGAGAUCAUGGCGCGGACGCCGAGAGGCAGAGGGCCUUGCAAGAGGAGGGCUCGAGGAUCGGCGCCAAAAGCCGGGGCGUGGUCGUUGUUCGAAGCGGAGGCGGGCCCGGGGUCGCUGAACUCGUCCCAUUCGGGGGAGUCAUCGGCGUAGUGUUCGGAGUCCAAGAAGUCCUUGAGGCAUUGCGGACUCUUGGAGGACCGGUGAGUGGUGGGGGUACGCGCAUGACCGGCUUCAACCGGUUGCCUGUGGAUAAAUCAAAGCCGUCUACACUAAAUCGGACGGCCGGGGAUACGCAGAGGUAACCUUACAGAGUACUGCGGCAAAAUGGCGAUACUAGUAGUAUCCCGUUUCACGUUCGUCAUUUCAGACAAAACCCAACCUGCUCCUACCCGUCAGCCGCUGACGGCUUUUUUUAUUUUCCUACAUAAUUUUUAUGCGGAGCAUCUCCACCCUUUCACUUUUUAAUCCGACGGCCGACGUUACAUUUCCAUAGAAAUAACUAUGCGCAGCUAACUUGAUAGGCGGCAUUACUCCAUUGACCGACCCCUCUGUCUUCCCGAGUAAAUUCGCUUACUUAAGCCGGAAGCGAUUCUAAAGAAUCUCUGGCGACGAAAACGAAAGCGUACGGUUUUCGCUCCUUUUUCUUCUUUAGAUUGGUACUAGAAGCGUGCGCCCACGUCCUCCUAGUCCUUUUUCUUCUUUAUAUUCCCUCCUCUCCUUCGUUCUUUCGUGCUCCCCUGUUUUUCUUGGAGGAGAAGAAUUGUCGGAAGCGUCGCCAUGGACGGGAGAUCGGAAGCUCCUCCUCAAGUCAAAGAUCCGAGAACCAUCGCAAGAGAGUACCAGUUGGAGCUAUGCAAGAAGGCUGUGGAGGAGAACAUCAUUGUGUAUCUGGGGACGGGGUGCGGGAAGACCCACAUCGCGGUGCUGCUCAUGUACGAGCUCGGACAUCUCCUCAGGAAGCCGAGCAAGGAUGUAUGCGUGUUUCUUGCUCCAACCGUCCCCCUCGUUCGGCAGCAAGCCGUGGUCAUUGAGAACUCCACUGACUUUAAAGUUCGAUGCUACUAUGGUGGCCUCAGGCAUUUGAAGGAUCAUGAUGAAUGGAAUAGGGCAAUAGACCAAUGCGAAGUGCUUGUUAUGACCCCACAAUUAUUGCUGCACAAUUUGCGACAUUGUUUCAUCAAGAUGGACCGAAUUGCACUUUUAAUUUUUGACGAGUGUCAUCAUGCACAAGCAAAAAAAAAGCAUCCAUAUGCACAAAUAAUGAAGGAGUUCUACAAGACUGACACUGUCAAAUCUCCUCGUAUUUUUGGCAUGACUGCAUCUCCAAUCAUUGGAAAAGGUGGGUCCAGUCAAUCGAACUGUACCAAAUACAUCAACAGUCUUGAAAUAUUACUUGAUGCCAAGGUGUGCUCUGUUGAGGAUACUCUAGAACUUCAAAAGGUAGUUGGUUCUCCGAAUAUAAAGGUUUACUUCUACGAUCCCGUUGAUCAUAGUGCUUCUAGCCUUAUAAGAACUUCCAGGAAAAAGCUUGAGGAGUUAAAACUCCAGUGUAUCUCAAUGAUAAGAGAGAAGGUACAUGAUUUCAACAAUCUCCAGAAGAAUAUAAAGGGUCUUUGCAGGUUGCAUGAUAAUUUGGUUUUCUGUUUGGAAAACAUUGGUCUUUGUGGGGCAAGACAAGCUGUAGCCGCUGAUGGGAUUGAUGCAAUAGAGAGCGAGGCAGACAACAAUAACAAUGACAAGUGCCUUUCAGACCAAUAUUUAAGCAAGGCAAUCUCUGUUUUAAGUGAUUAUACAGAGGGCAGCUCCAUUACUUUAGAGACUCUAGAAGAACCAUUUUUCUCAAAAAAGUUAUUAGCUCUCAUUGAAAUUCUGUCAUGUAACAGGCUACAAGAAAACAUGAAAUGUAUAGUUUUUGUGAAGAGAAUUAUGGUUGCAAGAUCAUUAGCAUAUAUCCUCAGGAACAUAAAGCCUCUUCAUUAUUGGAAAUGUGAGUUCCUCGUGGGAUGUCACUCUGGAUUGAAAAGCAUGUCACGGAAGAAAUUGAAUGCCAUUGUUGAAAAAUUUUCUUCUGGUGAGGUGAAUCUCCUAGUUGCUACUAAUGUAGCUGAAGAAGGACUUGAUAUUCAAACCUGCUGCCUUGUAGUGCGGUUUGAUCUGCCGGAAACUGUAGCCAGCUUCAUACAGUCCAGAGGACGCGCUCGGAUGAUAACAUCUGAAUAUGUAUUUCUGGUGGAGAGAGGAAACCAGCAUGAAGAGAAACUACUGGAUGAUUUUAUGUCUGGGGAGGAUAUUAUGAAUAAAGAAAUUGGUUGCAGGACAUCUGGUGAGACCUUUGAUUAUUUGGAGGAUGGUAGAUAUAAAGUUAGCAGCACUGGUGCCUCCAUCAGUACUGCCUGCAGCGUUUCCCUUCUUCAUCAUUAUUGUGCCAAGCUACCUCGUGAUAUAUAUUUCACUCCUGCACCAGAGUUCUUCUACAUAGAUGACAUAAAUGGGACUAUUUGCAGAAUAAUUCUUCCACCAAAUGCUCCUAUUCGUCAGGUUGAAAGUUUGCCCUAUCCUUCGAAGGAUGAAGCUAAGAGAAACGCAUGCCUUCAAGCAUGUAAGGAGCUUCAUGAACGAGGUGCUUUAACUGAUUAUCUUUUGCCAGGUCUAGGUGAUGAUAAGAAGAAAGAAUCAACAAUGCAUCAUUCCGAGUGUGUCAGUAGUGAAGAUGAUAAUCUAAGAGAAGAACUUCAUGAGAUGCUAGUUCCUGCUGCUCUUAAAAUAUCGUGGAAUAAUCUUGAUAAUGACAUAAAUCUGUUUUCUUAUUAUAUUAGAUUUGUUCCUAUCCCGGAGGAUAGACAAUAUCGGAUGUUUGGUCUUUUUGUUAAAGCUCCUCUCCCUAAAGAAGCUGAAUCAUUGGAAGUUGAUUUGCAUCUUGCUCAUGGUAGAAUUGUUAAGACAGGGUUUAAACCUUUAGGGAUGUUAACAUUCAACAAAGAGGAGAUAAAGCUAGCAGAAAAUUUCCAGGAAAUGUUCCUCAAGGUCAUCCUUGACCGGUCAGACUUCUUUUCUGACUUUGUUCCUUUGGGAACGUAUGAUGCAUCUCAACAUAGCUCAUCAAUCUUUUAUCUCUUGCUUCCAGUCAAGCAACAAAGAUAUGGGGAAAACAUGACUGUUGAUUGGACAACUAUUAGUUGUUGCUUGUCAUCACCGGUCUUUGGCCCUAUAACAAAUUUGUGUGAGAAGGGUCCCUGUCCCAUGAAUAAUACUUUAGAGCUACUUAAUGGUCCAAUCAACAAAUGUGAUGUCUUGAACAGCUUAGUUUGCACUCCCCACAACAAUCUGUUUUUCUUUGUUGAUGACAUUCUUCAUGAAACAAAUGCCAGCAGCCAACAUGGGGGUACAAAAACUAUGAGCCAUGCAGAAUACUACGAGAACAGGUUUCGUAUUAGGCUAUCGUACUUAGAACAACCAUUUUUGAAGGCCAAACAACUCUUUUCGUUGCGUAACUUACUCCAUAAUCGAUUACAAGAGAGUACAGAGGCCCGUGAGAUGGUGGAGCACUUUGUGGAGUUACCUGCAGAACUAUGUUCAUUAAAAAUAGUUCGUUUUUCAAAAGAUAUUGGCAGUUCUUUGUCUUUAUUGCCUUCUUUGAUGCAUCGUCUGGAAAACUUACUGGUGGCUAUUGAGUUGAAGGAGGUGUUUCUAGCAUCUUUCCCAGAAGCCUCUGAAGUUCGAGCUGACUGUAUUCUUGAAGCGCUCACUACAGAGAAAUGCUUGGAGCGCCUUUCUCUCGAGAGAUUUGAAGUUCUUGGCGAUGCUUUCUUAAAGUAUGUAGUGGGUCGUCACAGUUUUCUUUCAUAUGAAGGCCUAGAUGAAGGCCAAUUGACCAGGAGGCGUUCUAGUAUUGUGAACAAUUUGAAUCUUUAUGAUCUAGCAAUUAGAAAAAAUUUACAGGUGUACAUACGUGAUGAAUUGUUUGAUCCAGCUCAGUUCUUUGCACCAGGCCGUCCAUGUACAGUUGUGUGUAAUGUGGACACAGAAUCAACAAUACAUCAACGGGGAACUAAUACUAAGACAGAUGGAGCAGAAGCCACUAAUGUGAAAUGCACCAAAUCCCAUCAUUGGCUGCACAGGAAAACCAUUGCAGAUGUUGUGGAAGCUCUUGUUGGAGCAUUUCUUGUUGAGAGUGGAUUUAAAGCUGCAAUUGCAUUUCUUCGGUGGAUCGGGAUUCAAGUCGAUUUUGAAGUUUCAUAUGUUUAUAGAGCUUGUGAACUAAGCAAGAGCAAUAUGUCGCUCAUUGAUGAUACAAAUGUUGCUAAGCUUGAGCAAUUGUUAGGUCAUACAUUUCAGUACAAGGGCCUUCUUAUGCAAGCAUUUGUCCAUCCUUCUUAUAAUAAGCACUCGGGAGGAUGCUACCAGAAGUUGGAGUUUCUCGGAGAUGCUGUCUUGGAGUACUUGAUAACGUCGUAUCUCUAUUCUGCUUAUCCAGAUCUGAAGCCAGGUCAAAUAACUGACUUAAGAUCGAUAACUGUCAACAAUAACUCCUUUGCACAUGUAGCGGUGUGGCAAUCUUUGCAUAAAUAUCUUAUAAAAGAUUCAAACAGUCUCACUGAGGCAGUCACCAAAUUUGAGAGUUUUAUUCAGUUACCUGAAUCAGAAAGGGACUUGCUUGAGGAACCAGCAUGUCCAAAGGUACUUGGUGACAUCAUUGAAUCUUGUGUAGGUGCUGUACUUUUGGAUACAGGAUUCAAUUUAAAGCAUGUUUGGAGGUUAAUGCUCACAUUCUUGGAACCGGUCUUAAGUUUUUCUAGCUUACAGCUUAACUCUGUUAGAGAACUCCGAGAACUCUGUCAAUAUUAUGAUUUUGAGUUGAGACUUCCAGAUCCAAUGAAAAUAAAAGAAGGCUAUCUUGUCAAAGUAGAAGUGGAUGCAAAAGGUAACCCUUUGACUUGCACUGCAACUAACCAAAACUCGAAAGCUGCCAGAAGAAUGGCUGCACAAGAAGCACUUUCUAAACUGAAGGCUCUUGGUUACAAGCACAAAAGGAAGUCACUGGAGGAAAUUGUGCAGUCAACUCGGAAGAAGAAAGCAGAACUUAUAGGCUUUAAUGAAGAGCCCAUGGUAAUAGAGAAUGCUGGUUCCAUUCCACUGGGGAAGUUACAAAUUCAGGAGUUAGAAGAGACUCCACCUAUAUUUGAUCUCCAAGAGGCAGGAGAGUCUUCUUCAUUUUCCAUUAACAAAUCUUCCAUUCCGUCAAGAGCAGAAGGAAGACCUAAGGCUGAGAACAGUGAAGCUUGUCACAGAAACAAAAGCCAACAUGAUCCAAUGAGAGUGCAUCAUGUUUGGACCGAUGGAGCAGCUGAGAAUCAGAGGGAGAUCAAUGGUGCUUUGGGUCGCAAAAUGAAGUCAAGGCUGCUUGAGAUCUGUGUUGCCAACUGUUGGAGACGUCCUUCAUUUGAGUGCUGCAAAGAUGAAGGACCAAGCCACCAAAGGAUGUUCACUUACAAGGUUACUGUCGAAGUUGAAGGAGUUACCCCAACACGCCUGGAGUGUUUUGGUGAAGCAAAGCCACGAAAGAGAGCCGCAGAAGAUCAUGCUGCAGAAGGGGCCUUGUGGUGUCUCCAGCAACUUGGAUAUGCUCUUGGUUACAAGCACAAAAGUAAGUCACUGGAGGAAAUUGUGCAGUCAACUCGGAAGAAGAAAGCAGAACUUAUAGGCUUUAAUGAAGAGCCCAUAGUAAUACAGAAUGCUGAUUCCAUUCCACUGGGGAAGUUACAAAUUCAGGAGUUAGAAGAGACUCCACCUAUAUUUGAUCUCCAAGAGGCAGGAGAGUCUUCUUCAUUUUCCAUUAACAAAUCUUCCAUUCCAUCAAGAGCAGAAGGAAGACCUAAGGCUGAGAACAGUGAAGCUUGUCACAGAAGCAAAGGCCAACAUGAUCCAGUGAGAGCGCAUCAUGUUUGGACCGAUGGAGCAGCUGAUAAUCAGAGGGAGAUCGAUGGUGCUUUGGGUCGCAAAAUGAAGUCAAGGCUGCUUGAGAUCUGUGCUGCCAACUAUUGGAGACGUCCUUCAUUUGAGUGCUGCAAAGAUGAAGGACCAGGCCACCAAAGGAUGUUCACUUACAAGGUUACUGUCGAAGUUGAAGGAGUUACCCCAACACGCCUGGAGUGUUUUGGUGAAGCAAAGCCACGAAAGAGAGCCGCAGAAGAUCAUGCUGCAGAAGGCGCCUUGUGGUGUCUCCAGCAACUUGGAUAUGUAAAUAAGCCCUAAGUCUUGUCAUUUUUGUUAACAUUUACCAUCAUUUUCACAAUCAUUUUGUUCUUCCCUUGUUCUUGGAGCAAAAAUAUGACUAGACUAACACACAGCCCAACUAACCAUGAAUAUGCAGCUUUUCAGCUCCAGUUUCCAUAUCAUUGUUGUACAUAAUGCCAACCAUAGAUGAGAUGAGGCUCUUUUUGUGCCUUUUAUGUAUAUUAAAAUACAGCAGGGUUCGCCAUAAUUUAAAACAACUUGUCAAGAGCUACGUGUACAAAAAAAAGAUCCUUUUAAGAGUAUUCAUUUGUAGUACACUAAAACUGUAAUUUUGGAGGUUGCCCUUUUAGAUAUGCUUGUUCUGCGAGGGCAAAUGUUUGAGCUCUGUUAAAUGUCCUAGGAAUGGAAGUCAUUAGAAUGCAUGUACUAUAUUUCUGUGAAACAACUGCAAGCUGGCUGCCGACUCUUCUUA